UGCGGUAUAGGCUGGCACUGAGCAGAGUCGCCGCUUCUUUGCAUCUUGGUGGCCGGGCGGCGCGGAGGCCAUGGCGGAGGGGGAGUCGGCGCUGAGGGCGCAGGCGGAGCUGGUUCGGCGCCUCAAGCAGGAAAAAGCCAGCCAGGAGGAGAUUGCAGAACAGGUUGCAAAGCUCUUGCAAAUGAAGGCAACCAUAUGCCCAGAGGAUGGGAAGCAUAAGUUUGUGCUCAAGACACCAAAGGGAACUAGGGACUAUAGUCCGAAGCAGAUGGCCAUCCGAGAGAGGGUCUUCAGCAUCAUCAUCAAUUGCUUCAAACGCCAUGGAGCUGAAACAAUAGAUACGCCAGUGUUUGAACUCAAGGAAACAUUGACAGGGAAAUAUGGAGAAGACUCCAAGCUCAUCUAUGAUUUGAAAGACCAAGGGGGAGAACUUCUGUCUCUUCGCUAUGAUUUGACUGUCCCAUUUGCACGUUACUUGGCUAUGAACAAAAUCACCAAUAUUAAACGCUACCAUAUUGCUAAAGUCUACAGACGGGACAAUCCAGCCAUGACCCGGGGCCGCUACAGAGAGUUCUAUCAGUGUGACUUUGACAUUGCUGGCCAGUACGAUGCCAUGAUUCCUGAUGCAGAGUGUCUGAAGAUUGUGCAUGAGAUUCUGAGUGCCUUACAAAUAGGAGAAUUUUGCAUUAAGGUCAAUGACCGGCGUAUCCUUGAUGGGAUGUUUGCAGUUUGUGGUGUUCCAGAUAGCAAAUUCCGGACCAUUUGCUCUACUGUAGACAAACUAGAUAAGAUGAGCUGGGAGGAUGUGAAAAAUGAGAUGGUCGGCGAGAAAGGACUCUCACCAGAAAUUGCAGAUAAUAUUGGUGGAUAUGUAAAGCUUCACGGUGGCCUGAGUCUGAUUGAACAGUUGCUCCAUGACCAAAAAUUGAUGCAGAACAAACAAGCCAUGGAAGGUCUUGGGGAGAUGAAGUUGCUUUUUGAGUACUUAGCCCUUUUUGGCAUUUCAGACCAGGUCUCCUUUGACCUGAGUUUGGCUCGUGGCUUGGAUUACUACACAGGAGUCAUCUAUGAGGCUGUCCUCCUGCAGCAGCAAAACGACCAUACAGAGGAGUCUGUUGGCGUGGGCAGCGUGGCUGGAGGUGGCCGUUAUGAUGGACUAGUAGGGAUGUUUGACCCCAAGGGACGGAAGGUGCCCUGUGUGGGAGUCAGCAUCGGCAUUGAGCGGAUCUUUUCCAUCAUGGAACAAAAGGUGGAGGCUUCAGAGGAGAAGAUCCGGACAACAGAGACCCAGGUGCUUGUGGCAUCUGCUCAGAAGAAGCUCCUUGAAGAAAGGCUGAAGCUUGUGUCUGAACUCUGGGAUUCAGGAAUCAAGGCAGAGAUGUUGUAUAAGAAAAACCCAAAGCUACUGAAUCAGUUGCAAUACUGUGAGGAAACUGGAAUUCCUCUUGUAGCCAUUCUGGGAGAGCAAGAGCUAAAGGAUGGAGUGGUCAAACUGAGAGAUGUAGCGACAAGAGAAGAGGUGGAUAUUUGCAGAGGAAAACUGGUUGAGGAAAUCAAAAGAAGAACAUGUUGUCAACCCUAGAAAUCCGAUUUGCUGAUUUUCCUUAUUAAGGUCGUCUGUAUCCGUCAGAACGGCAAAUCGGUUUUGCCUAUAAAGAAGCUGUAUUUAUUUUAUUGUGAAGGUCUUUUUCAUCAGGCUUGUGCAAUGAUGGGCUGUACAUUUUUUUAAAGAACUUUUAUGUAAGGUUUCUGGAAGACACCAUCUGAUACAUGAGCAGUUAAUGACUUUGCAGCGAUGGUUCACAGUCAAUGCUGCUCUAUUUCAGCAUGCCUGCCCAGCAGGGUUUCCUUGUUUCAACUUAGAAAUUCAUAAUUUUGAAAAAUAUUAUUGGGAACUUCAAAUAAAAUAUAUUCCUGCCCUAUG